AUGAGUGCCAGAGUAUUUCUAGUCGGUUGGGACCAGAGGAUUCUAUCAUCCAAGAUUUCCGUAUCCGUGUACGUCCUAGAGCUAAUCAUUAAAGGCACUCCGAUGGUCUUCCUCUUCCACCCUAUCGUCGAGCUGGUCGACGACUUGGUCAUUAUUGACAAACUGCUUCCUUCGAAACCGAAGACCAAAAAUAUGUACCUGUGGCCGAUUCUCUCGGUUGUUGCAUUAGUUAAAUUUUACUUUAUCUCUUGUUACUUCGCCGGAGUAUCGGACGUGACAUCCUUUCUGAUGAGACUUCCGAUUGCUCUCAUGUACCACCGAGACUACCAGCAGCUCAUCAUCUUCGCUUUCUUCGUUGACCAGAUCAGUGCCAGGUUUGAUAUUGGUAAGCACUAA